CCUGCGCCCGCGGACUGCGCGGAGCGCGCUCACGAUGCGGCCCUGCGCCGCCUGGACGCUGCUGCUGGCCGUGGCGCUGGGGCUCGGGGCGCAAGGGGCUCUCGGCGCGGUGUCACUGGCCGACUUCUACCCGUUUGGCACGGCGCGCGGCGACGCCGUGACCCCGAAGCAGGACGACGGCGGCUCGGGGCUGCAGCCUCUCUCCGUGCCCUUCCCUUUCUUCGGUGCUGAGCACUCCGGCCUCUACGUGAACAAUAACGGGAUCAUCUCCUUCCUGAAGGAGGUCUCUCAGUUCACACCCGUGGCCUUCCCCAUCGCCAAGGACCGCUGCGUGGUGGCGGCCUUCUGGGCGGAUGUGGACAACCGGCGCGCAGGUGACGUGUACUACCGGGAGGCCACCGACCUGGCCACACUGCAUAGAGCCACCACAGACAUCAGACGCUACUUCCCCGAGCUCCCGGACUUCUCAGCCACUUGGGUUUUCAUCGCUACAUGGUACCAAGUGACCUUCUUUGGAGGCAGCUCCUCCUCCCCAGUCAACACAUUCCAAACCAUACUUAUCACCGACGGCAAGAUCUCCUUCACCAUCUUCAACUAUGAGUCCAUCACCUGGACCACGGGCACACAUGCCAGCAGUGGGGGUGAUGCCACCGGCCUGGGGGGUAUCGCGGCCCAGGCAGGCUUUAAUGCAGGCGACGGGCGACGCUACUUCAAUAUUCCUGGCUCACGCACAGCUGAUAUGGCCGAGGUGGAGGCCACCACCAACGUGGGCGUGCCCGGGCGCUGGGCGUUCAGAAUCGAUGAUGCCCAGGUGCGCGUGGGGGGCUGCGGCCAUACAACCUCCGUGUGCCUGGCCCUGCGCCCCUGCCUCAAUGGUGGCAAGUGCAUCGAUGACUGUGUCACUGGCAACCCCUCCUACACCUGCUCCUGCCUCGCAGGCUUCACAGGGCGGAGGUGCCAGUUGGACAUGAACGAGUGCGCUUCACACCCGUGUCAGAAUGGUGGGACCUGCACUCACGGUGUUAACAGCUUCCGCUGCGAGUGCCCAGCCGGCUUUAGGGGCCCCACCUGUGAGUCAGCCCAGUCCCUGUGUGAUGACAAACAGUGUCAGAAUGGCGGCCAGUGUCAGGGCAAGAGCGGCUCUGCAGUGUGCGUGUGCCAGCCUGGGUACACAGGGGCCUCCUGUGAGACAGAUGUGGACGAGUGCCGCUCGGACCCAUGCCUAAAUGGAGGGGCCUGCGUGGACCUGGCAGGCAACUACAGCUGCGUGUGUGCGGAACCCUUUGCUGGACCUCACUGUGAGACAGGAAGCCACCCAGUGCCUGAUGCCUGCUUCUCAGCACCUUGUCAGAAUGGGGGCACAUGUGUGGAUGCAGACCAGGGCUACGUGUGCGAGUGCCCGGAAGGCUUCAUGGGCCUGGACUGCAGGGAGAGAACCCACAAUGACUGUGAAUGCCGCAAUGGAGGCAGGUGCCUGGGCACCAACACUACCCUCUGCCAGUGCCCACCAGGCUUCUUUGGGCUGCUCUGUGAAUUUGAAGUCACAGCCACACCUUGCAACAUGAAUACCCAGUGCCCAGAUGGGGGCUACUGCAUGGAGUAUGGUGGGAGCUACCUCUGCGUCUGCCACACGGAUCACAACAUCAGCCACUCUCUGCCAUCCCCCUGCGAUUCAGACCCUUGCUUCAACGGAGGCUCCUGCAACGCCCACGAUGACUCGUACACGUGCGACUGCCCGCGCGGGUUCCAGGGCCGGCACUGCGAGAAAGCCCGGCCACACCUGUGCAGCUCUGGGCCCUGCCGGAAUGGGGGCACGUGCAAGGAGUCAGGCGGCGAGUACCACUGCAGCUGCCCCUACCUCUUCACCGGGAGGCACUGUGAGAUCGGGAAACCGGACUCAUGCGCCUCAGGCCCCUGUCACAACGGUGGCACCUGUUUCCACUACAUUGGCAAAUACAAGUGUGACUGUCCCCUAGGCUUCUCUGGGCGGCACUGUGAGAUCGUCCCAUCCCCCUGCUUCCGGAGCCCGUGUUUGAAUGGAGGCACCUGUGAGGAUCUGGGCACAGAGUUCUCCUGUCACUGCCCACCAGGGUACACAGGCCGCUGGUGCCAGGCAGAGGUGGACUGUGGCCCGCCCGAGGAGGUGAAACACGCCUCAGUGCGCUUCAACGGGACUCGCAUGGGCUCUGUGGCCCUGUACGUGUGUGACCGUGGCUACAGCCUGGAUGCCCCUAGCCACUUCCGUGUCUGCCAGCCGCAGGGUGUCUGGAGCCAGCCUCCUCAGUGUCUCGAAGUGGACAAGUGCCAGUCUCAGCCCUGCCUGAAUGGGGGCUCCUGCCAGAGUCACACUGCUGGGUACCAGUGUCUCUGCAGCGCAGGGUAUGAGGGAGCCCACUGCGAGCUGGAGGUGGAUUCUUGUGACUCCAGCCCCUGCCUGCAUGGAGGCCGCUGUGAGGAUGGUGGCGGGGCCUACCUGUGUGUCUGCCCAGAGGGCUUCUUCGGCUAUCACUGUGAGACAGUGAGUGACCCCUGCUUCUCUAGCCCCUGUGGGGGCCGAGGCUACUGCCUAGCCAGCAAUGGGUCCCACAGCUGCACCUGCAAGGUGGGCUACACAGGCAAGGACUGCAGCACAGAGCUCCUCCCACCAACGGCCCUCAGGGUGGACAGAGUGGAGGAGAGUGGGCUCUCCAUCUCCUGGAGCGCUCCCAGCAGCCCCGCCGCGAGGCAGGUGCUGGAUGGCUAUGCAGUCACUUACGUCUCUUCUGAUGGCUCCUACCGCCGCACGGACUUUGUGGACAGGAGCCGCGCCUCACACCAGCUGCGGGCCCUGGCACCUGGCCGGUCCUACAACAUCUCCAUCUUCUCGGUCAAGCGCAACACCAACAACAAGAACGACAUCAGUCGUCCCGCAGCACUGCUUAGCCACACACGACCCCGCCCUGUGGAGGACUUCGAGGUCACCAAUGUGACAGCCAACACCAUCUCAGUACGCUGGGCUCUGCACAGGAUCCACCACGCCACUGUCAGCAGGGUACGUGUGUCUAUCCUCCACCCAGAGGCUCCCGAGGCCCAGGCCACCGAUGUGGACAGGAGCAUGGACCAGUUCACGUUUGGGACUCUGCUGCCAGGAAGGAGAUUCACCAUGUGGGUGACCACCCUCAGUGGGCCUGGGGGAGCAGAGCAUUCUUCUGAGAGCCGGGCCUCAGCACUGCUGCACGUGUGGACCCGGCCCCUACCACCAGCAAACCUGACUGCCUCCCGUGUCACAGCCACCUCUGCCCACAUGGUCUGGGAUGCCCCCACACCAGGAGUGUCGCUGGAGGCUUAUGUCAUCAAUGUGACCACCAGCCACAGCACCAAGAGCCGCUAUGUCCCCAACGGCAAGCUGGUGUCCUACACAGUGCGUGAUCUGCUGCCUGGGCGGCGGUACCAGCUCUCAGUGACAGCUGUGCAGGGCACAGAGCAGGGCCCACUGCACAGUGAGCCCGCACACCUCUACAUCAUCACAUCCCCCAGGGACGGCAGUGACAGACGCUGGCACCAAGGAGGACACCAUCCCCGGGUGCUCAGGAACAGACCAGCCCCUGUGCGCCUGCCAGAGCUGCACCUGCUCAAUGACCACAGUCUCCCUGAGGCACCAACCCAACCACCUAGGUUCUUGGAGCUUGUGGACGGAAGGGGACAUGUGAGCGCCAGGUUUAGUGGUCCACCCCGCAAACUGGUCACCUCAAGAUCACAACCCACCAGCCUGGUGCCACUUGAGAACACAGAGGAGGCCCCUGCACAGGCACAGCUGGCCCUGCAGCUCCCUGAGCACAGCAACAAGGACAUGGAACGUGCACAGGGAAGCUGCUCAGAAGAUGCCUGUCACAACGGAGGCACCUGUGUGCCUGGCAUAAACACCUACAGCUGUGACUGUGGGCCAGGGUUCAAAGGCAGGCGCUGUGAGCUCGCCUGUGAAAAGGUGCCUCGCCCCUGCACAAGGCUGUUCUCGGAAACAAAGUCCUUUCCAGUCUGGGAGGGAGGCGUCUGCCACCACGUGUAUAAAAGGGUCUACAAAGUUCACCAAGAUGUCUGCUUCAAAGAGCGCUGUGAAAGCACAAGCCUCAAAACCCCAAACAGGAAACAAAGUGACAGUCAAACACUGAAGAAACCUUAAGGUACAUUACCCUGCUAACCUGAGAGCUGUCGGCAGAGGGAAGGGGGACACCUGCUCUAGGCCAAGCACCGCAGCUCCUCUUGGCAUUGUCACAGGAAGCAAGUGGGCCCUGCUGUUACAACCUCGAUCGCAGGCUGUGGAAUCCCACCCAUGCCUCCCAGCAGGCAUAACCUGAUCAGCUUCAGACACAGUUGUCUUCAGGUAGAAAUAAGCCCCCCUCUCUCCAGGGAAGGAGAGCAGCUGGAGGGGCCCUGGAGGAUGGAGACCCCCUCCCCAAAGAACAGCUGGGCCCCAGAGAGAAACCAGAGUAGGUGGUGGGAGGGUAAGGAAGGCCAAGAGCCCCACGGUACCAGAAGAGCAUCCUACUGUGAAUGGCAUUCUACUGAAAGGACAAUGGGAUGGGGCUUGGUCAUGGGAUAUGUGGGAGGUCCUGAAGGCAGCGGACACUGGUAUUCCUCACAUCAUCUACUCUGAAAUCAAAGAAACACCACCUUUGUUGGAUCCAGCAUCCCAAACUCCUCUGCACAGGCUCACCUCCCUGCACAAGCUCGGGUGAUUCCUAAAGAGCAUUGUUAUCCACAACUGAUUGGAAAAUACUGUGUGGGGCCACAGAAACCCACCUGCAGCCUGCAGCCCACUCCACAUUGACGUUUUCAGCCACACAGUGUCACUGGGAUGAAAACCUGGUGGCCUCUAGCAGCUGCCUGCACCACCCGUGGACAAGCUGGCCUUGGAGGGCGGGAGUCUCCUCUGUCAGGAGCCACCUCAGGGGUGGUCUCCCUUCUCUCCCACAGCUGAGGAGAAGAGGAAAUAAUAGGCAGAGGGCACAAACCAGCCAGAACCAUGGGGGCUCCUGGGAUGGUCUCACACCAAUGAGGGCUCCACAUCAAUGGGGCACACUGGGUACAGCUCCACAGAACAAGCUCUCAGAGGAAGACCAGAAUCCUAGCCUCUGCCAGCUUCCAGAAUCUAGAAGGGCAGGAUGCACAGGGUGGACAGAAUGCUACGGGACAACAUGUGACACAGCCAGGCCGGUUCAGGGUAAAGUCUGUCGUGAGCAGUUGCCAACCCUCAGCUCCUGUUCUCUCCCCUCUCAUUGCAGUCUCUAAAGACACACAAAGUACUCCAAGGUGUGCAAGUGAUUGAGUCCUGGUAGGGACCAAGAUUUCACAAACAUCCUCAGGGCUUGAAAUACUUCAUGGCAAAGCACCCAGAAUAUUAAUGUGUAUCUUUUAAGACCUCACCUAGUAAAUGUUUCUAUAAAAACUAUGCAAACCAAUCAAUUAUCAAAUACUGAUUUAUAGAACUUUUAUUUUGAAACAAUGAGCAAACAAUAAAGAGGAAAAAAUACAUCUACCCAGACACCAAUCCAAGAAUGCAAAAAUUCUUUUUAAUCCAGAGCAGCCUCGCAGCACCACCAAGGGAAGAGGUAGAGGAAAGCAGCCUCUGGAUUUCAGUGGAUGCCUCCAGGCUGAGCACAGGCAGCCCCAAAGUCAGGGUGUCUGGGCCUUCAGCCCCUGCCUGUCUACACAGCCAGGUUGGAAUUCUUUCACUGGGAGAUCAUGGCUUCUUCAGGGGACAGUGCCUGCACCCUCCAGAAAAGGCAGAUGUAGACAGGAGGCAGUGUGCUGUCCCCCCCCUCACACCUCACUUUGUUUUUCCUUCCAAGGAUUUGGAAUGUGCCUGUCAGUGUCUACCCACCUCAAAGUUACUAAAACCUGGAAAGAUGAGGUCUGACAACCGGACCAUUAAGAGUCCCUGAGAGCAAUGUUCUGGCUGGAGCCAGCCCCUUCUGUGACCUCCGGAAGAGACUACUACCACAUACACACACACCGGCAUAGCGAGGGGCUCCCACAGGACCAGCCACCCGUAAGGCUCUGAAGCCCCUCAACCUACACUAGGGUGCGGUUUCCGGGAGGUCUGUGCCCGAGUGGGGAGGGAUGCAGUGCACAGAGCGAAGCAGCGCCUCUGUGGAAGGGCUUCUGCAGCACGCAGAUUCAUUUCACAGAAGCCUCCCUCGAGCCUUAGCACAUGGAGGAGACCAGACAGACCUCUGCCAGCUUCCAAAACCCAGAAGGGCAGGAUGCACAGGGUGGACACAGGGAGGUUGCUCCAUCCUCUGGUUCAUGCUGUCUGGACUAGUGUGACAGAAAAAGAUGAAAUGCUUGCCAUUAUUAACAUGGAGCGAAGACAGCUUUAAUCUGUACAUGGGGGGAACUUUUUCUAUCAAGUUCCAGGUGCUCUUUGGGUUUUGCAGGCCACUGUGGCACUAACUCAGCCAGCCAUUGCACAGACAGCCACAGAGGUACAACUGGAUGGGCAGGCUGUUCCAAUACAACUUCCUUCACAGAAGCAGGGUAAUCAGACUGGCCCACGAUCGAUGCUCACUGAGGCUGCAGACAGAGAGGUCAUGCCCCGGACCUGUGCACAUUUAUAAAAAUGCUAUCCAGACCCUUGCUCAGAAAGCCUGGCCACACCCAAAGGUUUCAUUCAUUUAUAAAAAUAUUCUUUAAAGUUGUAUUUUAGGUCAUCUAUUUUUAUUAAACUUUACAUGCACAUGUCUAUUAUGCAGUCUGUCGUUUCCAGAUGAGGAACAGCCA